GCUGAACUAUAAAUAAUGUCGUUGUGCGGUGCUUCGGCACAGUCACAUUUCUGCAUUCGUCGUGUGGAUUUGAUUCUGAGCAAAAAUGAAACUUCUCAUCGCUCUCGCCCUGGUGGCCGUCGCCAGUGCAGAUGUCUCGCAUCUGUUCUCGUACAGCAACAAUCUGCAGGAGGAUGGUUACGUCUACGAUCCCCCGUCGAAUCCCGUCGUGAUCGAUGUGCCAUACGUGCCGAAGGAGUCCGCUCCACCCACCGUCAUCUACCAGGCCCCCAAGCCCACGCCUCCUCGCCCCGUCUACACCGCUCCCCCAGCUAAGGUCUACACUCCCGCUCCACCAGCCAAGGUGUACACCCCUGCUGUUCCAGCCGGAGCCCUCAAGGAGGAUGGCUACCACUAUGGCCAGCCUUCGGUCAAGUUCGAAACCUACGAAAAGCCCGUGGAGACUGCCCCCGCACCAGUGUACGUUAAGCCCGCCCCUCCCAAGGUCGAGUACCUGCCUCCCGCACCCGUGAAGAAGGUGGUCUACACUCCUCCUCCACCCCCACCAGCGCCUGUUAAGAAGGUAGUGUACACUCCUCCUCCACCACCAGUCUACGUGAAGCCCGCCCCUCCCAAGGUCGAGUACCUGCCCCCCGCACCCGUGCAGAAGGUCGUCUACACUCCACCUCCACCACCCCCACCAGCACCCGUGAAGAAGGUCGUCUACACUCCUCCUCCACCACCCCCACCGGCACCCGUUAAGAAGGUCGUGUACACCCCUCCUCCACCGCCACCAGCUCCAGCUGGCAUCCUGAAGGAGGACGGUUACCACUACGGUCAGCCCUCGGUCAAAUUCGAAACCUACGAGAAGCCCGCUCCUCCGGCUGUUAUCAAGAAGGUUGUGACUCCCGCACCACCAGUCUACGUUAAGCCCGCCCCUCCCAAGGUCGAGUACUUGCCUCCCGCACCCGAGAAGAAGGUGGUCUACACUCCUCCUCCACCACCACCUGCACCCGUGAAGAAGGUCGUGUACACUCCUCCUCCACCACCCGUCUACGUGAAGCCCGCACCACCAAAGGUCGAGUAUCUGCCCCCCGCACCCGUUAAGAAGGUCGUAUACACUCCUCCUCCACCACCCCCACCGGCACCCGUGCAGAAGGUCGUCUACACUCCUCCUCCACCACCCCCACCGGCACCCGUGAAGAAGGUCGUGUACACUCCUCCUCCACCACCCCCACCGGCACCCGUUAAGAAGGUCGUGUACACCCCACCUCCACCACCACCAGCGCCAGCUGGCAUCCUGAAGGAGGACGGUUACCACUACGGUCAGCCCUCAGUCAAAUUCGAAGCCUACGAGAAGCCCGCUCCUCCGGCUGUUAUCAAGAAGGUUGUGACUCCCGCACCACCAGUCUACGUUAAGCCCGCCCCUCCCAAGGUCGAGUACUUGCCUCCCGCACCCGUGAAGAAGGUGGUCUACAGUCCUCCUCCACCACCACCUGCACCCGUGAAGAAGGUCGUGUACACUCCUCCUCCACCACCCGUCUACGUGAAGCCCGCACCACCAAAGGUCGAGUAUCUGCCCCCCGCACCCGUUAAGAAGGUCGUAUACACUCCUCCUCCACCACCCCCACCGGCACCCGUGCAGAAGGUCGUCUACACUCCUCCUCCACCACCCCCACCGGCACCCGUGAAGAAGGUCGUCUACACUCCUCCUCCACCACCCCCACCAGCGCCAGUGCAGAAAGUGGUGUACACUCCUCCACCACCAGUGUACGUCCAGCCGCAGGGUCCCAAGGGCUACAGCUACCCCAACGAUCCCCAGCCAUCGUUCGACUAUUAGGCUACAUAGGCUUCUUGUAAAUAUAAAGAAUCUUCAUUAAGUAUUAGAAGUAUUUUUGAACGAAUGGUGAAUGCAGUGGUUUGGGCUUUCGCAGGAAAGACGAAUACACUUGGAAUAACUGUCAAAAUAAACUAAAAUCAAUCGAAUUGAAAU